CUAUGUGGCUAUAAGACAUUUAAUUUCUUGGAAUGUAAGAAACUAUAAAUAAAUAAUUAAAACACACAAUGCGAUAAAUAGAGUAAUAAAAAAGAGAAAAAAAAAAUUGGAAUUCAAGUCCGGAUCCCUUUCCCGGCUCGGCUUCCCCCUCCGCCGCCUCGUCAACCAAAUCGCCCGCCGCCCGCCGCCGUAUGCUCGUAGCUCCACCCUUACUCCGUCGGUUAGUUCAUACCUGAACCGCUAUAGAGAUACGCACUCGCCCGAUUCAUUCUCUUAUGAAUUUCCCGCGAUCGAACUAGUUGAUAUCGGCGUCCUCGAAUGGCGUGGAGGGCUGUAGGGAGAAAGGGUAUUUCGGUUAGUUUCAGUCAGGCAUUGACUAGAUGUUCAGUUGCAUCACUUUCGAAAUGUGGAAAUCAAGAUUUGGCCAGAGUUCUUUCUGCUUCGCUCAGACAUUUGCACGGCAACACUGCAGCAGUUUUAGGUGCUGACAAGGAUCUCAAUUUCUCAGCGAGAAGAUGUUUAGAUAGGUAUUUUCAUGCAAGCCCAGAGCUUCUGGCUAAAAAGAAGGUCGAUGACUCAUUGGGUCUAAAGAAUUCCAGGAGACCGAAAGUUGUAAAUAAAGGGAAGUUCUCGAAGAGAAAGAAAUUGCCCAUACCUGCAGUUGACACCCCUUAUGUGCCUCCAAAACUGAUGCGAAGUGCAAAAUCUUUGGAUAAAACAAUUGAAAUAUUUGAAGGGAUGACCAUUGUAGAGCUUGCCAAACGUUGUGGAGAGUCUAUUGCUACAAUUGAGAACAUCAUCUCAAAUGUUGGUGAGAAAGCUGAUUCAGAGUUUGACGCUCUCAGCAUUGACGUAGCAGAGCUGGUUGCAAUGGAAGUUGGGGUCAAUGUCCGUCGGAGGCACUCAGAUGUAGGUGUUCAAAUGAUUCCACGUCCUCCAGUUGUCACAGUUAUGGGCCAUGUUGAUCAUGGCAAGACAUCUCUAUUGGAUGCCCUUCGUCAAACAUCCUUGGCUGCUGCAGAAGCUGGAGGCAUAACGCAGCAUCUAGGUGCAUUUGUUGUUGGCAUGCAAUCAGGGGCAUCCAUCACUUUCCUUGACACCCCAGGCCAUGCUGCCUUCAGUGCUAUGCGAGCCAGAGGUGCGGCAGUUACAGAUGUAGUGGUGCUUGUGGUGGCUGCAGAUGAUGGUGUGAUGCCUCAAACACUCGAAGCCAUUGCUCAUGCCAAAGCAGCUAAUGUUCCAAUUGUUGUUGCUAUCAACAAGUGUGACAAAGCAGAUGCGAAUCCUGAAAGAGUAAAAGUUCAGCUUGCAUCCGAAGGGUUGCCACUGGAGGAGAUGGGCGGAGAUGUACAGGUUGUUGAAGUUUCUGCAAUAAAAGGAACCGGACUGGAUAGUUUGGAGGAUGCUUUACUGCUACAAGCUGAGUUAAUGGAUCUUAAGGCACGCAUUGAUGGACCUGCCCUAGCUUAUGUAGUUGAGGCAAGGGUUGAUAAGGGCCGUGGUCCACUGGCCACUGCGAUUGUGAAGGCAGGAACUCUGAUUUCUGGGAAGUAUGUUGUCAUAGGUUCUGAGUGGGGAAGAAUUAGGUGUAUAAGGGACACAAAAGGAAAUGUGAUAUCACAGGCUACACCUGCCAUGCCUGUUGAGAUUGAAGGGUUGAAGGGGCUCCCAAUGGCCGGGGAUGACAUUGUUGUCGUUGAUUCUGAGGAAAGAGCAAAGAUGCUUAGUGAAGGUAGGAAAGAGAAAGCUGAGAAGGACAGACUCACAAAACUUGUAGAUGAGAGGCAAAAGCUGGAGCAAGAGACGCUAAAAGAUGAAGAAAAUGAAGAGAAUGAGGAUGAAAAGGAGAGGUCGAAGAGAGUUGAAAUCCCAGUCAUUGUGAAAGCAGAUGUGCAAGGCACUGUGCAAGCAGUCAGCGAUGCAUUGAAAACUUUGGACAGUCCACAGGUUUAUUUGAAGAUCAUCCACGCAGGAGUCGGGCCUGUUUCCCAGUCUGAUGUUGAUAUGGCAGCAGCCUGUGAUGCGUGUGUUGUCGGAUUCAAUGUUCGGAACCCGCUGGCAGAAGUCACUCUUGCAGCUACUCAAGCAAAGAUUCAGAUAAAACUACACCAAGUGAUCUAUCAUCUUUUGGAGGAUAUUGGUAACUUUAUUGUGGAAAAGGCUCCUGGAACGACGGAGACGCAAGUCGGGGGAGAAGCUCAGGUGCUCAGCAUAUUUGUGGUUAAGGGAAAGGGAAAAAACAAAGGAGUGGAUUUGAAAAUCGCCGGUUGCAAGGUGAUGGACGGCCGGCUCACGAGGACUUCAGAUGUAAGACUUCUUAGAAGUGGGGAAGCUGUUUUUGAAGGGAGGUGCUCAUCUCUGAAGAGGGAGCAGCGGGAUGUGGAUGCAGUGGGCAAGGGCACCGAAUGUGGGCUCAUGAUCGAGGACUGCCACGACAUCCAGGUCGGGGACGUCGUUCAGUGCUUGGUCAAGAUCAAUCGGAAACCCAAGUUUGUCUCAUCGGAGAGCGGGGCAGUUCGCAUAGAGUGCUGAUCUUAGAGGCUGCAGUUGGCCUCUGCCAUUUUUGUUGAUAGCCUUCUUGGUCUUUUUCCAUACGGUAAUCCUAUGGGAAACUUCUAAGGCCACUAACUUAAGAGAUAAGAGCUGCUAGGCGAAGUCGCAUUUGAUUUUCACGUGUUUCGCAUUUUGCAGAUUAAAAGGGUGUUUGGCUAAGCUUAUUUUAAAGAGCUUAUAAGAUGUACUAGUUUUUUAUAAGUUUAUAAGUUGUCAAAAUUUUUG